AUGGCUUCACCAGCUCCGCCGCCGACCCAGGAUGCCAUGAUAUUGUUCCCCGACUACCUCGUCGGCGUCGCCGCUACGCCGCCGUCGCAGCCGUUGCAGCUUCACGUUAACGACAGGCUGGCGGCGGCCUCCGAUGGCGGCACCCCCUCGCUCGCGAUCAGCGACGCCAUUCCAGGCGUCGUUAUCCUCGUCUGUCUUUUCAUUUGCUUCUCCAUCUACUUGUUCCGCAACGACUUCCGCCGCCACUUCGCCGGCACCCACCUCGAAGUCUUUUUCGGCGGCGAGUCGGAGCGGCGUCGGCAUGAGGGAAAGACGGGGCUGGAUCCAGCGGUGCUGGCUUCGUUCCCUGUGGUUCCGUACGCCGCCGUGAGGGGGGUGACGGAGGGGAAGGGCGGGGCGGAGUGCGUGGUGUGCCUAGCGGAGUUCGGCGGCGGCGACGACGUGAGGGUGCUCACCGUGUGCUGCCACGCGUUCCACCCGGCGUGCAUCGAUCCGUGGCUCGCGGAGCACGCCACGUGCCCGGUGUGCCGGUCGGACCUGGAGGCGAUGCCGGACGAGGCGACCCUCCGAGCGGUGAUGGAGGCCGCCGGCGAUAGCCACGUCAACACCAUCGGCGAAGAGGGGGAGAGGGAAUCUGGGCGGUCGGACGUGGUCGGACGGCCGACGGAUGGGGAGGACGAGGGGACAAGAAGGUGA